AUGACGCUCUAUGCUGCUGUACAUCUCUGGUUUUGCACAGCUUUACUCGCUGGAACCAUGAGGGGCUCUCUGGGUAGUAAUGUCGGUGCAAGGUUCAAAUCCUUUUCCAACCAAAAGAAAGAGUCCGUAGAGACUGGAGAUGUGAAAGAGUUAUUUGGCACUAGGUCCGCCUUGGAAUGUUCCGAAUCCCCUUGUGAGAAUGGCGGGGAAUACCUGGCUACUGAGGACAGGUGUAAAUGUGUGGAGAGUUAUGCCGGCCUCACCUGUCAGCGGAUAAUGAGAGACUUUAAUCAAAACUGGCAGGCGUAUAAAGAAGGGUUCGGAACUCACUAUAACAACUUUUGGAUUGGCAACAACCACCUGCACCAGAUCACAAAACAAGGGAUAUACGAACUGGAAGUCGGGGUGCAACGGUACAACGACAGAUUUAAAUAUGUAUAUUAUGAACAUAUAUCUGUUGGAAGCGAAGGUGAGCGCUAUGCCCUGCACCUUGGAUCCUACAGAUCCGGAACGCUUGGCGGGGACUCCCUGACACCGAUCAACGACCCACAGCGCAACAUCAACGGCAAACCAUUCAGCACCUUUGACAACGACGUCAGCAACAACUGCUCUGCGACAAUGCAAGCCGGCUGGUGGUUCGCCGAGUUAUGUACCGCGGCCAAUCUCAACGGACCCUUCGUUUUAUCUGGGUUCCCGCGAAUCAGCUGGUUAUACCCUUUUGGGAAUGACAGCGUGGCAAAUGUAUAUAUGCAAAUACGGAAAAAGAGCUAUUACAAGGAGAUGUCUUAA